CUGCCCUGACCCAAGAUGGCGGAGGCAGCGUGGCGCCGCGCCGGGGACGGGGCGAGCAGCAGCAGCAGCAGCAGCGGGGACGAGGAGGAGGAGGGGCAGGGGGUCCCCCCGCGGCGGGUCUAUCUGCCGGGCCGGGGCCCCCCGCCGGGGCCGGGCGAGGAGCUGGUGAUGGACGAGGAGGCCUAUGUGCUGUACCACCGGGCGGGCACCGGCGCCCCCUGUCUGAGUUUCGACGUGGUGCCCGACCCGCCGGGCCAGGAGCUCGGCCGCUUCCCACUCAGCCUGCGGCUCUGCGCCGGCACCCAGGCCGAGAGUGCCCAGGCCAACAGGCUGCUGGUGAUGAAGAUGCACAAUCUGCACCGCACGGGGGCGGGGGCCGCGGGGGCCGAAAGCAGCGACAGCGACAGCGACGAGGACGAGGAGGAGAAGAAGCCCCAGCUGGAGCUCGCCAUGAUCCCCCACUACGGGGGCAUCAACCGUGUCCGGGUCACCCAGCUGGGCGGGACGCAGGUGGCUGCCGUCUGGUCGGAGAAAGGGCAGGUGGAGAUCUACGACCUGCAGCGCCCCCUGGUGGCCAUCUCGGACCCUCAGGCCAUGGCCACCUUCCUGCGGGAGGAGCAGGCCAAAAUCAAACCCCUCUUCUCCUUUGCCGGACACAUGACCGAGGGCUUUGCCAUGGACUGGUCCCCCAUGGUGCCCGGCCGUCUCGUGACUGGUGACUCAAACAAGAACAUUCACCUGUGGAGCCCCAAGGCGGACGGGACAUGGCACGUGGACCAGCGCCCCUUCACCGCCCACACCGCCUCCGUGGAGGACCUGCAGUGGUCACCGACAGAAGCUACAGUGUUCGCCUCGUGCUCGGCGGACGGGUCCAUCCGGGUGUGGGACGUGCGGGCGGCGCCGGGCCGGGCCUGCAUGCUGACGGCCAGCCAGGCCCAUGCCAGCGACGUCAACGUCAUCAGCUGGAACCGCCACGAGCCCUUCCUCCUCAGCGGGGGGGACGACGGGGCCCUGCGCGUCUGGGACCUGCGCCUCUUCCAGACAGGCACGAGCGUGGCGACCUUCAAGCAGCACACGGCGCCCGUCACCUCGGUGGAGUGGCACCCCACGGACGGGGGGGUGUUCGCGGCCGCUGGUGCGGACGACCAGGUGACCCAGUGGGACCUGGCAGUGGAGCGGGACCAGGAGGGAGAGGGGGAGAGUGAGGAUGACCCGGCCCUGGCCUCCAUUCCCCCCCAGCUGCUCUUCGUGCACCAGGGAGAGACGGACAUCAAGGAGCUGCACUGGCACCCGCAGUGCCCGGGGGUCCUGAUCACCACCGCCCUGUCCGGCUUCACCGUCUUCCGCACCAUCAGCGUCUGACGGGGCAGAGCCUGGUGGGGGGCGAUGAGUCUGGCUUGGGGGGAGCCUCCCCUUUGCAGAUGGACCAUUCCAGCUGUCUGCUGCUUCCAUUGCACAGAAUGGGGAGAAAGCUGGGGGAGGGGGGAGUUGGUCUGCUCCAUGUAGUGGCUGCUAUCAUUGCACAGGCAAGAAGGGGAUCCCAAGAUGAGGAGCCUCAACACAAACUUUCCCCCUCCUUGCUCCAUGCAGGUGGACCGUUCCAGUUAGUGGCUGCUACCAUUGCAUGAAAUGGGGUGGGGAGACAAUGUGCUUCCACAUCUGGUGUUAUCCACCCCCUCCUUACACAUGGACUAUUCCAACUGCUACCAUUGGUCAGAAUUUGGGGGUUGGUGUCUGGACCUGGACCCUUUCAUUCUGCAUGGGGGGGGGGGCAUGCCUCCAGAAAAUGCACUGUUCUGCAGCUUGUUUUGGGGAGCUACCAUCUAAUGUGGAUAUGGGGGGGCUGAUUUCAAGCUAAUUUCCCCCUCAAUUAUACAUGGUUUGGUCUGAAUUUGGUUGCUAUUACUUGGGAUGGGGGGGUCACCACCCCCAUUGUGUUGUGAGAGGUGGAUUC